CAAACAAUCAAACCGGGACUUCCUUGUCACAGUCCAUGUCGUAGCUAUUAUGACAUGGGAAUGGGAUGGAUGCUGAAACUUUGCUAGCUAGCUAGCUGAAAGGCUCCGGCCGGGCCUGGCUGGUACACACGCCCAGAUCCUUGUUGUGCACGUACGUUCCAAACUUGCUCAUACUACUCAGAGCGCGGCGACAUGUUCGGCUUUCUGAAACAACGGAGGCAGACCCCGUCAGGGUUCUCGUCGUCGUCAGCCGCCGAGGAGGUCACCGCCGGCAUCGAUGGCUCCGGCCUCGUCGCGAUCGUCACGGGUGGGCGCGUCUAGUGGGAUCGGUGCCGAGACCUGCCGAGUUCUGGCGCUGCGGGGCGUUCGCGUUGUGAUGGGCGUGAGGACACCGUCUGCCGGUGAGCGCGUCAAGGAAGAGAUCGUGAAGAACGUCCCCGCUGCCGAUUCUCCCCACAGCCAGAUUCUCAGAAAAGCUGGUCAGAAAAAAGCUGAACCAAACAGACACGUUAGCAGCAUGUCAUCCGUCAAGAGAUUCGCUGACAACUUCAACGGACUAAAUCUCCCACUCAACAUUCUCAUUAAUAAUGCAGGAAUCGCAUUUUCUCCUUUCACCCUUUCGGAUGAUGGAAUUGAGUUACAAUUUGCAACAAAUUACCUUGGCCAUUUUCUACUCACUAAUCUUUUACUUGAAAAGAUGAAAAUCACGGCCAUGGAGAGUGGAAUAGAAGGUAGGGUUGUGAUUGUUGCUUCUGACAGCUACAAGCACACGUAUCGAGAGGGAAUUCGUUUUGAUAAACUCAAUGAUGCAUCAGGCUAUAAAGGCAUCCUGGCUUAUGGCCAAUCGAAGCUGGCCAAUAUAUUGCGUUCCAAUGAACUUUCUUGCCGCUUGAAGGAAGAAGAUGCAAAAGUAGUAGUCAACUCACUGCAUCCGGGAGUUGUUGCCACCAACAUCACGCGCCAUCUGGGUAUCAUAAAAGAUAUUCUUUCUCCAAUUGCUAAACUUGUACUAAGGGGUGUUGAACAAGGUGCAGCCACCGUUUGUUAUCUGGCAUUGCAUCCUCAGGUUGCUGGAGUCACCGGCAAAUACUUUGUGGAUUUCAAUGCUGUUGAACUAAAACCGCCUGCAACUGACAAGGAGUUGUCCAAAAAGCUCUGGGAUUUUAGUGUCAGCCUACUCCAGUGAUAUAACUGCCGAUUAGUUCUCCUACGCCAGCUGGUAAAUAAAGGUCGAUCUGAAUGAGAGAUCAUGUUUCAGUAAUAGAACAAGGUGAUCCAGCAGUGUAAUAUCUACUACUACUUAUUGUUUGACUAGAUAUGGAUGCCAUAUGUUUGUAAUUUGAAUAAAUUGAUUGGAUACAUUUCUGCACUUGUUUGAAUUGUGGCAAUGUCGGACAUGUCUAAA